UUUCAGUUCACCUCACUUUCUCAUCAAACAAUGGCGGCCCAUUUUGCCCUCUUCACUAUUUCCAUUACUCUGUUAAUCGUCGUUGCCGUUGCUGAAAUCCGAUCAACCCAGAUCAGAUCCGAUUCACGCUCUACAAUCCCAUUUGAUGAAUUUGGUUACACCCAUAUCGGCCGUUUAAACCUCACCGUCACCGACAUCUCUUUCUCCGCCCAGAAAACCCCUUUGUCCCAAUUAGGGUUCUUCCUCUGCACCCUAGACGCGUGGGUACACGUGCUUGAACAACUCCAAGAAGGCGAAAUUCAUUGUCCCCUUGAAUCCAAUCUCAUCAAAAAGGUCUUCACUUUCGACCAAUUGCAACCAUCCUCCCGUGAGUUCUCCACCUCCUUCAUCGUCUCUGAUGCCAAUCAAUUCACUCUUGCGUUCGCCAAUUGUAUGCCCAAUUUGGAAGUUACCAUGAAUGUCCACUCUGUUAUGUACAAUUUCAACCCUAAAACUGGGGAGCUUGAUUUUCUAUCAACAGGCAAAACUGCACUCCCCGUGAUAUAUUUAUUGCUUUUUAUAGUCUAUGUGUUGUUAGGGGGUGUUUGGAUUUACACACUUUACAGGAAAAGGUUAACUGUUUAUAAAGUUCAUUUCUUUAUGCUUGCGGUUUUGAUAUUAAAGGCAUUGGAUUUGUUAUGUGAAGAUGAAGAUAAAUCGUAUAUUAAGAGAACAGGAACAGCUCAUGGAUGGGAUGUUUUGUUCUAUAUAUUUAGUUUCUUGAAGGGGAUUACUUUAUUUACCUUGAUAAUUUUGAUUGGAACUGGUUGGUCAUUUGUGAAACCGUAUUUGCAAGAUAAAGAAAAAAAGGUUUUGAUGAUUGUUAUUCCAUUGCAAGUUGUGGCCAAUGUUGCACAAGUUAUGAUUGAUGAAACUGGUCCGUUCGGUGAGAGUUCGUAUACAUGGAAGCAGGUUUUCCUUCUUGUAGAUAUUGUGUGUUGUUGUGCUGUGUUAUUUCCUAUUAUGUGGUCGAUUAAGAACUUGCGCGAGGUAGCCAAGACUGAUGGGAAAGCUGCUGUGAAUUUGAUGAAGCUGACAUUGUUCAGGCAGUAUUACAUUAUUGUGGUAUGUUACAUAUACUUCACGAGGGUUGUUGUUUAUGGUUUGGAGACCAUUACCUCCUAUCGGUACCAGUGGACCAGCGUGGUGGCUGCUGAAUUGGCUACACUUGCCUUCUAUGUCUUUACUGGGUAUAACUUUAGGCCUAAAGUGCAUAACCCUUAUUUUGCAAUUGAUGAUGAAGAGGAAGAAGCUGCUUCAGAGGCACUCAAGCUUGAAGACGAAUUUGAAUUGUGAUCACCAUUGUAAGAAGGUAAUUUUAUACAGUCAAAGGAGAAAACUACACUAUUCGGAUAUGCCUUUUUACAUUUUAGAAACGAUUUCUAGAUUGUUGCAAGUUCUUCUGUAUAGUAC